UAUUUUCCGGCAGCCUUUGUUUGAUCAUACCUACCCUCAGACCUAUCAAGCAAACAUGGAAAAUCCUAGUUUCCGGUUCACGCCCUCACAGGAGUUGGUCCUCAAGUCCACACCGCAGGCAGUUAAAGUGGCCGCUGACGGCCCCCCUGCUUCUGCUGCCCAGGGCCCUGUGAGGGCUAAGAAGUGGGAGGAAGUGGAAGCAGAGGCUCGAGCCCGUGUCGUCUCCGAGGGAGGCGACCCCGGUGCAGAGAUGGUCGUCCUGAGCCGGUGCACGGUUCAGUUCGGCAAGUACCGUGGUCAGACCUUCAAGUGGAUGAUGGAGAACGACGUGGGCUACAUGGUGCACCUGGUAACGGUGCAUCAGAAGGAGAGGGAGCGAGAGGGCAGUGUUUCCCAGCAUCCCCUGAUGGCCAACAAGGACGCCUUGACUCGCUAUUCGUGCGCCUAUCCGGCCUUCUCUGAGAUGGUCAGGUUCAACCGGGCGCACGAGGAAGCUGAAGUCCUGUCCUCCCAGCCAGGCCAGGAGGGCAAGGCCCUUGUCGGCAUCGGAAAGUACAAGUGGGACACGCUGCAGGACCUGUAUGAGGCUACGGGUGCAGACAGGAUAAAAUAUGUCAGGAGCAUGAGGACGCAGACACCCCUUUAUCCUGGGAGUGCAAUGGCCGCCUUAAUUGAUUACAUUCAGCGCAGAGACCGGGAGGGGGUAGCUGCUGUGGCCAGGCCCGCCGCAGCCAGCACCAUCCCCGCCAGUAACACCCGGCCCAACAGUGCGGCUACGCCUCUUGGUCCUGCGAUCUCUGCGUUCCUUUCAAGGCGCUCUCUCGCCCCAGGCGAACUGCAGGCGAAGAUGAAUAAACUCAUUGCUUCUCAGCCUGCAGUUCAAGGGGUGUCUUUCCCUCGACCAGCACUGCCACCAACCGAUAUAUCAGACGCAGAGCUGGUCAAAGCAGCUGCUGACAUAGACACAUCCGUUGCCCUACAGCUCCACCCAUCGCUCCCUCGGCCUCUGCCUCCAAAUGACCGAGCCCCGGUCCCUGCCCUGGUUCCUGACCCGGCCCCUGCUCCUGCCCUACUAGGGCGGAGCGAAGAGGAGGAUUUGCCCCGGCAGUCCUUCCUGCCUCCAAGGCCCGCCUCAGAAAGUGCUGAGCUGCUGCUUCCAGAGAGUUGGCGUUCAUCUCUCACCAAGGAGCAGCAGCGGUGGAUCGGCCGCACGCUGUUCACCAGGGAUAGCUUUGGGAGGUCGACACUCACCACUGACCUGGUCACGUGGUGGAACCCUCCCCAACCACGGCCGAUCUACAAUCAGCCACCCGCAUCCCCCGAGCCCUUCUUCGCAUGUCAGCUGUUCCUUUGGAUGCCCGUACGCAUGUGGGCAUACAAGCUGGCAUGCCCCCAGUCUGGGUGCAGAGGCACACUGUGCCAGGCUGGGCUCUACAAGACCAUCCGGAGGGUCUUGGACAUCGACCGCUGGUAUCUCAUGGCCACUGAGUACCUGGAAUGCGGCCGGUGUAAGAAGAAGGUCGCGGGGUGGUCACGGGACCUUGUCAGUCAGCUGGACGCUCGGCAUCGCUGCCAGUUUCCAGCAAUAUUGACAUGCAAGCUGUCCUGUGACCUGCGGGUUGUGAGGAUGCUGAGGUCGCGCACUUUGGGGAACAGUGCGUCACAGACCUACAGCAAGCUGUGUGAAAGUCACAGCGAGUCCUGGAUGCGGUGUUGUAUACGGUACCUCGGGGAGUGCAAGCAGUUUCUGGCCUUGGGCAUUGGGCGGCAGUUCACUGAUCCACCGGAGAUGCCCCCGGUGCCCUCACCCGUCUUGCUUCUGACAGUCUACAACCAUGACGUGCUAUCGCGGCUGGACGAGGUGAAGGCCAGGGUCACCUCCGUCUUUGGGACCAUCUUAAAGAUGGACUCUACCAAGAAGGUGACUAAAAAGCUUGCGGGUACCGCUGCAGACACGGCCGCCUGGGUUACCAACGUCGGUAACGAGCAUGGGCAGGUCCUCGUCAGUGUCCUCACUGCCGCUGAGGGCGAGGGCCUGCUCCCCAUGGCGGCUGGUCUCAUGGAACGGUACCGGCUGGCCGGGGUGGCGCCCCCCCAGCUCAUGUACGUGGACCGAGACUGCUGCUCCAGCUUCGGCGGAUCAAAGACAGCUGCCAUGUUCAAUGACUGGGACCAGCUGGUGGUUCGGCUGGACAUCUGGCACCUGAUGGGGCGGUUCGCGUCAGGCGUCACCACUGAGAGCCACCAGCUCUACGGUCCCUUCAUGCGGCAGCUGUCAGCCUGCAUCUUUGAGUGGGAUGCAGGCGAUGUCCGCCGACUGCUGAAGGCCAAGAGGUCUGAGAUGGAGAGGAAGCACGGGAUGGUCGGCCUCACCGAGGCAGAGGUUUCGAGGAAGAUCGGCAGGAAGGAGAUGGCACUUCACUGCCGGCGUCGUACGCGUGGAGCUGCGGCGACCGAAGUCCUUCUCCUUGACCUCCUCGAGACCUUCAACAGCGAGAAGGGGGUCGACACCCUGGGCAUCCCGUUGCUGGACUCCAUCCGCAUUCAGGCGAUCUGGAAAGAGCAGAGGCGCCACCUCCACUGCAUACAGGACCCACCCGGUGUACAGCUGUACACCGAGACCGGCAAAAUCACCAAGGGCGGCGUGAUGUUGCCGGUUUAUCGCUGCGCACGGGGCUCCACAUCCUUGGAGUCAUUCCACCUCCACCUCAACCGGUUCAUCCCAGGUACCAAGGCAAAUGCAAUGCAUUUCCAGGCAUUCCUGUUGGAUGGACUGGUGAGGUGGAACGAGGACCGUGCGCGGGCAGCAGUGGAGGGAAAGAACAGGAAGCCCCUGCUCUCCUACAGUGGCCACCUGCAGCACAUCCUAAACCUUAACAGCCAAAUUGUGCUUGGCAAGGAACAGGUUAAGGACUACACCAAGCCUAGCGAGUACACAGGGGAACUCCUCGGAGUGGAGUACCUGUACUCGCAGACUGGCAGAGUGCUGCAGGAUGUCAGCGGGGACCCUGACCUUCCGGAAGAGGCCGCCGUCGAGCAGCUCGACGAGGAGGACGAGGGCUUUCAGGAGGAGGAUGUGGACCCGACAGUCCACAUCCCCCAUGUCCCUCCUAUGAGCGCCCUGUCCUCCAGCUCAGCGGCACCUCUGUCAGGGGAACCCGCUGACGCACCCAGGUCUGGGCCAUCCAGUCCCACCGCCCCUGAAGACGGAAGCUCUCCUGAGGCCCCUGGUCGACACAGUUCUCCUCACCCUGACCACUCCUCUGAUUCAGAGGAGGAGACUAAAGGUCCUGAUGCAAUGCCAGGCGACCAGCAUGUCCGCAGGCUUGCCAGGGCCUUGGUGGGGGUGAGGAACCGUCAGGGGUUGUCGGACCGCAGGGUAGACAGUCUGGUGGCGCUGUGGCUGUUGCUGCCAGACUUCGACAAACAGCGCUUGAUCUACCCUGCCCGACACCAGGAGAGAAUCGUUCAGGGGCGGUUCAAAGCAACGAAGGGGAAGUCGUCCAUUAUCAUAGGAAAAGACUCUCUCCAACGUUGCCUUCUCGGACUCAACUCGGGCCCUGCAAAUUGGCCGGGCACCAGCCGUUUGGUGGAGGCCAUUUGCAGUCAGCUCUGCCAAAUCCAUCCCAGCGCCACGCAGUCUGCCGGCGUCAAGAAGAGCAGGUGGGCGCUCAUUCUGGCAGACUACGUGGGCAUCAGGGAGGCAGUGCUGAACAGCCCGAGGUUGAUGGCCCAGACCAACCUUCAGCUCUUUGAGCUGAAUCAAAGGACCAUUAGUCAGUGGUAUUCCCGGCGUCAGAAGGAGAGGGAGAGGAUGGUGCUGCAGCAGGGAAUGGGGCUCGCUGCUGCCCCCAGCGUCACCACCCAGCCCCUCCCUGCAGCCAAGCCCCUCCACUUCAAGCAGGAGGGAAUCAGGGCAUCCUUCCCUUUCCCUACGUCACCCUCCCCCCCGGUCCCACGCCAAACCAUCCAGCAAGGAGAGCCCGCCCACGUGCCCAUUCUGCCAGCCCACCUGGAGCAACAACCCCCCGCACUUCCCGGCCCCUCCCCAGCCCAAGGACCACAGACGGGCUGCUCUUCACCUCCUCCAGUGUCAAGGACAACGGCUUGGAGGAUGAGGAAGAGGAUCGCGGCGGACACAGAGGAGGGGACAGCCGGGAAGAGAAGGCAACGUGAGCAUUACGUCUGCUCCAAAUGCGGAUUGCCGAAGCGACGGGAGACGGGCCACAGCCGCUUCGGCGGCGUGGCGUUCUGCUCUGUUGCUGCUGGGGGUAAGGACGUGGCCCAGUGGCUGGCGGAAAUGAAGGACGCUAAGGGGCGAGGUGAAGGACACUGAGCCACUGGCUGGGUGGUCGGACGUUUUUAUUUGUAAAUAGUUCACCGUUCCCCUCUACCUGGACCGAGACCUUGAGCGCGGUGUAGAGGCUUGUGUGUGUUGAGGACCCUCAGAGCUAUAUUGUCUGUAGUCUAUAAGACUACUGGUAGGGUAACCCAUGGCAGUUCUGAGGCGAGACACCAGACUAACAUCGGUCCGUUCCCAAACAAAAUCCUGUAAAAAAUAAAUAAGAGGAUAGACAUUACAAUAUACAAAUAUAAAUCAAACAUGAUUUAUCAACACAUCUUCAGGUGAAAACUCAACUUCUUGGUAGACUAGCUUACCUUUUGCAAACAUUUCUGUCCACAUUUCACUAUAGAGUGCUUACAUUUAUUUAAUGUUUAUUGGAUUUACAUUGCAAUAAUUAUCUUGCAUUUCAUCCUGUUUCCCUAUGUAUACUCUGGUUCAUCAUUAAAACUCCUAGACUGGG